UCUUUACAGGAGGUGAGGAAUAUACUUGUCCGGUUCAUAAUCAUACACAGUCGCACACUGUGAUGCUGGAGAGUGGGGCCAUUCGGUACCGGGUCCCGCCAAUGGUCCCCAACUGAAAGAUCCAUUUCUUCUCUUGAAAAAUAACGAGAAGCAGACACAAGAGUCAGGAUUGAGGAAAUACACAUGGGAAUUUCCUCCUUCUGAUAAAUUUUAAAUCUUUUGCUGUAUCACCGUACUUAUCGCUAAGUGAGCUACUUGCCAAAAAAAUUUGGAGAACUGAAGAUCUGCGUUUGUGUUGAUAAAAAAUGGGUAGCUCAGAUGAGAAGGUUGUUGCUGUGAUUAUGGUUGGUGGACCCACUAAAGGAACUAGAUUCAGGCCAUUGUCAUUGAAUGUUGCCAAGCCUCUUUUUCCUUUAGCAGGACAACCAAUGGUUCACCAUCCAAUUUCUGCUUGCAAAAGGAUUCCAAACCUGGCGCAGAUCUAUCUUGUUGGUUUCUACGAGGAGCGAGAAUUUGCAUUGUAUGUUUCAUCAAUCUCCAAUGAGCUUAAAAUCCCUGUGAGAUAUUUGAGGGAAGACAAGCCCCAUGGUUCAGCUGGUGGUCUUUAUAACUUCAGAGAUUUAAUCAUGGAAGACAGUCCGUCUCAUAUCUUCUUGCUCAAUUGCGAUGUUUGCUGCAGUUUCCCACUCCCAGAAAUGCUUGACGCUCAUAGAAGAUACGGGGGAAUGGGAACAAUUCUAGUAAUCAAGGUCUCUGCUGAGUCAGCCAGUCAGUUUGGUGAAUUGAUAGCUGAUCCAGUCACCAAAGAGUUGUUGCAUUACACAGAAAAACCUGAAACUUUUGUAAGUGACUUGAUAAAUUGUGGUGUAUAUGUAUUUACACCAGAUAUAUUUACAGCCAUCCAAGGUGUUUCUUCUCAACGGAAAGAUAGAGCUAAUCUAAGACGUGUGUCCAGCUUUGAAGCUCUUCAGUCCACCACAAGGAGUCUUCCCACUGAUUUUGUGAGAUUGGAUCAAGAUAUCCUCUCUCCCCUUGCAGGAAAAAAGCAGUUCUAUACGUACGAAACCAGUGAUUUCUGGGAACAAAUUAAAACUCCAGGAAUGUCCCUGAAAUGUUCUGCUUUAUAUCUCGCCCAAUUUCGGUAUACCUCCCCACAUCUCUUAGCUAGUGGUGACGGUUCAAAGAGUGCCACCAUUGUUGGUGAUGUUUACAUUCACCCGUCAGCAAAAGUACAUCCAACUGCUAAGAUUGGUCCCAAUGUCUCAAUAUCUGCUAAUGCCCGUGUAGGACCAGGUGCAAGGCUCAUCAGUUGCAUUAUCCUAGAUGAUGUUGAAGUCAUGGAAAAUGCAGUUGUUAUUCAUGCAAUUCUCGGGUGGAAGUCUUCCAUCGGGAGAUGGUCCCGAGUCCAGGCUGCUGGAGAUUUCAAUUCCAAACUUGGGAUUACAAUCCUUGGUGAAGCUGUUUGUGUGGAAGAUGAGGUUGUGGUGGUUAACAGUAUCGUUCUUCCAAACAAGACACUCAAUGUUAGUGUUCAAGAGGAAAUAAUCUUAUAGUGGACCUGGGUUUAGAUCCCACAUCUAUUUUCAGCAUCUCUCUACAGUUUUAUUAUUAAUGCUGAUCCAUGUACUUGUCUUGAUGUAGAAAAGCCAAUAUUUAUAAAGUACUUGUUGCCCAUUUGUAAAUUGACAUUCAGCAAUUGUAAUGAAUAAAAAUUUGAUUGUUCUCUUAUUA